GCAUAUCGAGGCAUCUGUCAACUUCGAUUGGCUUCGCAAUACGGCGAGGGUGUGCACCUGCAGCUGUUGAUGAUGCUGCGGCAGCUGUGCAAUGAUCCACAAGGACUCAGAGCCAGCCUCGAGCGUCGGGUCAACGCCCAUUUCGGCCCCGAGGCGCCGAAGGACUUCCGCACUGCCCUCACCUUGGAAGUGCCGGGCACCUCAGCCAAGGAGCCUCUGGCAGCUUCAACGGCACCGGAUUUCGAUAGCCGCUGCCAUCAAGUGCUGGAAG